UGAAAGUAGAAUAUAGUAAAGUAGCUAUUUGUUCGGUGAGAUUGUGUUCAUGUCAAUGUCAACGAUGUCAGAGAUUUUUGCUCUUCCCUCUAAAGUGGGAGGAUCUUCGUGCGUUGAGUCACGCAGCUGUCAAAGAUAGCUGUCACCCAGUUUCAUGAUCAAACACACAUUGAAUGAGAAAGGCUACGCGAACUCGAGCAACGGACUUCAGGUAGCUUCCCACUGGCUAAACUAUUGCGUCUGAAACAAAUGAAAAGCCCAACAAACGGUACCACGACCGAACAGAAAUCAAUGAACGAAUCCGUUUGACCAUUUGGAAUACACGUGUGGAAUAUCGUGAGAAAAAGGGAUCUGCCAUUAAAGGAAUAAAAUCGAGAGAAGAAAAUACUGCGCUCUUCUCGUGGCCAACCUGAAAACAAGAUUUUUGACGGACAUGAAGACAAAAAAGGGCAUGGUGAUGUUGUCGGGUAGCGAGACCGAGGACGAGGACAGCAUGGACGCCCCCCUGGACCUGUCGUCCAGCACGGGGGGCAGCAGCGGGAAGAGGAAGAGGCGUGGGAACCUACCCAAGGAGUCUGUGCAGAUCCUCAGAGACUGGCUGUACGAGCAUCGCUACAACGCCUACCCCUCCGAGCAGGAGAAAGCCCUGCUCUCCAAGCAGACACAGCUCUCCACACUACAGGUCUGCAACUGGUUCAUCAACGCUCGUCGGCGGCUCCUCCCGGAGAUGUUGCGGAAGGACGGCAAAGACCCCAACCAGUUCACCAUCUCCCGGAAAGGGGGCAAGGGUGGCGACGGGGGCCUCUCUGACUCCAGCUCUCAGUCGCCCAAGCAUGGCACAGCCGCCACGGGCCCCGAGGACGGCUACGAUCGACGGGCGCUUCACCCAUCCAGCUUCGAGGGGGGCCUCCCCAAUGUUCUGCAGAAGGCUGCCAUGUCCCCGAAAAUGUCGCCCUCCUCCUCCCCGGGGCCCGCCGCGCCACCCCGGCCCUCGGUCAUCUGUCACACCACUGUCACAGCCGCGGCCACGCCCUCUGCUCUGUCCUGCUUCCUCGCUAGCGUAAACACUGACAGCUGUAGGGCCACGGAGUUGCUGCAUUCCACCACAGAAGCUCUGGGGCUCUUCAGAUGCCGGGAGGACGGGCUGGGGCCCCAGGCAGCGACCACCCCCCACACCACAAUGGAGGGUAACCUGAGCCCCCAGAGCGGGCUUUUCAACACCCCUCCCCCCACCCCUCCAGACCUCACACAGGACUUCAGCGGCUUCCAGCUGCUCGUGGAUGUGGCCCUGAAGCGGGCGGCCGAGAUGGAGCUUCAGGCCAAACAAAUGGUGUCUUAGAGUGAGCAAGCUGAAGAACGCAUGUCGCCGUUUGUCCCUGAAGGAACUCGCCUCACGCGAGUUCAGUGGCUGCGCCGCAAAGAACAAAAUAGGACACACACACACACACACAAAAAAAAGCCUGGUCAUUUCUAUUUUUGGUAUACAAAUCACAAGUGAUGAGGAUUGUUUUUUUUGUACACAACUGUAUCAAGGUGCCUUGGCUGUUAGUUCAUUUUUUUUUCUUCUUCCAUAUUAGCGUGUAUGUAUGUAUCUAUCAAUGUGUAUCUUUUUUUGCACAGAUGGGACCAAAAAAAAUGGACGGACAAAAAAACAAAAAUAUGCUGCCUGUCUUUUCAACUUCUCCUAUGGAUUUUAGUAGAGCUAGACAUGAGGGCACACAAGUGUUUCGCUGGUUAGAGGGAGGUUCGGUUCUCCCCUCCGCACAGACCCAAACUCCCGUGGUGGGAUAUCUAGCUUCACAGAGCUAUGCCGGAAUGGGAUAUGUAGUUUCCAUGUGUGUUUAAUGUUUUACAUUUCAAUGAUCUGUUUGCGAUGGCUCCCGGUCUGCUCUUUGCACAACGGGGCCAAGUCAGGGUCCCCAUCUCAUCUCAGUGUCUUAAAACAUAUGUUGCUCUUGGCAUCUAUGAUAAACUUUAUCACUACUUUAUUAAGUAUUCUGUCAUUUGCUUUUCAUGAUAAGAGUAUAGUUCUGUUUGACCUUUUUUUUUUUUUUUAUACUUUUCAGUUUGAUAUUUUAAAAGAGAAUUUUCAUUAAGCAUACUCUGAGCGAGGAAUCAGAUGAGCAGCAUAGGUCUGAGCCUCUCAUCUCUCCUCACUUAGUGGUUUGCGUCCUCAAUGACGCUCCCUAAUCCCUAAAUGGUGCACUACUUUGAAGCCUAUGGACCCUGGUCAAAAGUAGCGGCCCAUAUUGAGGGAGUUGGGUGCUGUCUCGCAACGCGCUGUAUGUAGCGACGGCCAGUGAACUGGAAGAAUAACACUAAAUAAGAUUUGUUUGGCAUUUGUGAAGUCGCCAGCAGUGGU